AUGAGAUCAUCAUCUUCAAUCUUGUACAAGACUCUUUCAUCAACCACACUUGCGAAAUUGCUCAAUUUACCUCGACUAGCAGCAUCCAAGAUAUCAGCCUCAAAUGGGCGGAAAUCAGUCUUGCCAUUGAUCAUCAAUGCGUCAAAUCGACGUACGUGGGGAUCAUGCAUAUUCUACAAAGACAAUUUACUCAUUACAAAUAGCCAUGUCGUGGCGCCACUUUUCCAAAACCCACACUCCUCAUUGAAAUCUAAAUCGAGGUCUAAAUCCAAACCAACUCUCAAUCUACGCCAAAACUCGUCGCACUCGCCGAUUUCAAACUCAGAUAGCGCAACUGUAUUAAUCACCAAUCAAGGAGACUCAAUUCAGAUUAAAUUACCAUUGGAAAAACACAUAAUCAUUCCUCAUCCGGAUUUGGAUCUUGCGUUUAUGCAAAUUGACCAAACUGCAUCGACAAUGUUGUUUGAGAAUGGAUUCCGAGCAGUAACUUCAAGCAACAACCACAACAACGGUAACAACGGUAACAAGGAUAGUGACGACGGCAAAGACAAUGACAAUGACAUAUACGCCAAACCAGAUAUUUUUAGUGAAGGAAGCCCAGUAUAUACCCAAUCCUAUGGACUUUUCUUCAACCCAGUGGAUUUGCAACCAUUGAUAUCUCACGGUAUUGUCAAUUGCACAUACAAACACCAAUUAAAGACUACAGCGACAACGGACAAUGGGACUGGGACCAUUCCGUCAUUGAUCAUUGUUUCUGCAUCAUGUUUCAAUGGGAGUUCUGGCGGUGGAGUAUUCUCAACAACUAAUGAUCGAUUAAUAGGUAUGAUUUGCUCAAAUGCGAAAGUCUACAAGCCAGUUCCCAAGACUGAAAUCGACCUACAACAGCAGCAACAGCAACAGCAACAGCAACAGCAACAACAAAAGCACAACCGGCCUAGUACCCAAGAAACUGAGAAAUUAACCACGUUCACAUUCGUCUUGCCUAUACAAAUCAUAGAUUACUGCUACCAGCAAAUAUACAACAAAACAAGCGUCGCAAUAAAGACAAUUGACAAUGACGUUCAAAAAUUUGAUCAAGAACAGGUUUUAGUUGAUCUCGAUUCCAAGAUGCUUGAUUUAUGGAAAUUGAAACCGUUUCAUAAAGAUGUUUACAUUGAGUCGACGGUGCCGACAACUACUCAAACACCAAAAGCGAAAUUGUAA